AUAGGAGCCAAGUAAACAUCAUCCUCAAGAGCCCAGAGCAAAAACGAGACCGGGCGGAGGGGGGAGUGAGAGAGGGAGGUGGGGAGGAGGUUAGAGUGUUUGUGUGUGACACAGAGAGUGAGAGGGAAACAGACUGAGAGAGAAGCUAGUGUGUUCGUUUCACCUCCUAAUCAGUUUUCUUGGGAGAUCUAUCAUCGACUGCAGCAGAGGAGGCAAGAAGAAGAAAAGAAGAUAGAUUUCUGCCUGACUAAUUUGAGCCUCAUACAAAUAACAAAAAUGGACGCUCCUCUCGCCACUCCCUGCAAUAUCCAGAUUUGUGAGGUGACCUGUGACUCCUUCCGCAUCAUGUGGGACAUGACCCCCGAGGACAGUGCCAGGUCCACACACUUCUUCAUUGACCUCAGCCGCAAAGAGAGCCGGGAUCCCAACCGCUUCAAACACAGGGAUGUGCCAACCAAGCUGGUGGCCAAGGCUGUGCCUCUCCCCAUGGCAGUGAGGGGACACUGGUUCCUCAGCCCACGGACAGAGUACUGUGUUGCUGUCCAAACUGCUGUCCGACAGCCAGACGGUGACUACCUGGUGUCAGAGUGGAGCCAGGUGGUGGAGUUCUGCACCGGGGACUAUGCCAUGGAGCACCUGCAGCAGCUGCUCGACAAGGCCAAGGGCUCUGCAGGACGGCUGCUGAAGUUUUCUGUGUUUUAUCGCAACCAGCAUCCAGAAUACUUCGACUUUGUCAGAAGGGAAUGUGGAGGCCUGAUGCGUCCUGCCCUGAAAGACAUCAGUGGGAGUCAUGGAUCUCCUAUCAACAGUAAACUGCACGGAGUCUUCUUCAGCUGCAGCACAGAGUUUGAUACGGGCCUCCCUCCCAAAGACUCCCCGUACGGCCCGCUGCGUUUCCUGAUCCCAGCUGGACACCUGCUGAACCCCAACAUCUCCCUGUACUUUGCAGACUUCUACUGUAUGUACACAGCCUACCACUACGUAGUGCUGGUGCUGGCCCCUGUUGGCUCGGAGGGCGAUACCUUCUGUCGCACCCGCCUCCCUAUGCUGGACUUGGCCUCCAACGCCUUCCUGACAUACACUGCCCCUCUGAGGCCAGGGGAUGAGCCUUUGUUCUGCCAUGCCAGCGACGUCAUCCUGGAGGUGAUUUUCACUGAGCCGGUGUCUUUGGAUCAGGGCCAAGUGGAGCAGAUCCGAGGGCACCACCAGCUCAUGAGUCUGACCACAGCCAACGCCAAGAAAGACCCGAGCUGCAAAGUGUGCAACAUCAGUGUGGGGCGCUGAGACCUGGGAGAUUGUGAAACUACAAGAUUGAAUGACACAGUGUUGCAUCAGAUGAACAGUUGAAAGCAUCAAGUGUAGGUCAGCACACAGUGGAAACAGCCCACCUCUCGGGGUGCGUGCAUGCUGCUGCCCCUCUUCCCCCUUGCCUCGUAUAGAAUAGUGAGUAUUAAAUAGAGGAUUUUUAUAAUGUGAUUCCCUGAACUUCAUCAUGAUCACAGCAGGAAAUACAGUUCAUUAACGGCUGGAUAGAAAACAGCUUGAGAAAUGAUGCUGGAAGAUAUCCGUUCUGCUUAUUUGUUCUACGUUAUCUGUGCUCUCCCUUGUCUUUGUGGCAUUUUAUGAAUAUCUUUUUCUUCUUUCUAAUUUAAAUGUUUCCCCUAAGAUGUGUUUGAUUUCAUGUUUUGUUUCUCUGUACUUCUAGUUUUAUGUUUUUCCCUUGAAGAAAUCUGUUUUAUCCAACUUUAAACAAUACAAAGCUAAAUGUCCCAACAUUACAGAAAUCUAAAAUAUAAGGGUAUAACAAACAUUUUGCCAUAUUUACUUCAUGCAAUACUCACUGCCAGAUGUCCUUUGUCUUAUUUAUUAUUACUGCCAAAUGUCUAAUAUUAUUCCUACUCAGCUUCCCUUGCAAAUACUUGAACCACUCCUUUAAAGGUUGUUGUAGAGUUAUGGUUUGUUAAUUGUAACUCAGUGUCUAAAUGUUACACAAUUUUUUAACAAUCUGGUGCAAUGUGAUGAUGGAAUCAGUGUGCUGGGAUUUCAGGAGGAAGGUAUUCGGAAAGAUGGUAUCACAUAGUUCCAUGUGAUCAGUCUGAUAGCAACCCUCUGCUCUGUAAACAGGGCUGAGCUAAGAUUAGCUCCCAUCUUGCUAUUGGAUUUCUGUUUGGGCCUGCCCAGUAAACUCUGACCUAUAUGGCAAUCCCAGAAAACGUCCAAAGUGAAAGGGGAUCCUGUCCCUGGUGCACAACAGUAAUGCAUGCGUUGGUUUAGUGGUCAGAAUGUAGGGCAUGUCAAGAGAGCGCGCACUGAAAGAUAAAAGGCUUAACCAUUGAAAGAGAAUGUGAAAGAAAAUUUAACGCAAAGACCUGUUUUAAAGUUUUAUACAAAGCACUUACUAAGAUGUCUAAACAUUUCUGAAAAUGAAUUCAAAUGUAAUAAAAAAGAUAUAAUAUUAGCUCAUAUUUUCCCAGGACUGAUGCUUUCUGUUUGACAAAAAAAGGAAUCAUUUCUAGCUGAAGCACACCAUGCCCUUUCACUUAGAUCCUUCCCGCAGCACAGAUGAGAGCUGACUGACACGGUAACGCUGUAAUUCUCUCCGUUGUUGUUGUCCCAAAACGGCUCGCUCUGCCCUCCAGGUGAAUAACUCAGACAAAACUCAAUCUUCCGUUUGGCAUCCAGAACUUUAGGAAUAGCAAUGUCAAAUUCAAAGAUGUCUGUCUGAGGUCCCCCGAAGCGUUUCUGCAGGUGUGUACAGGGCACGUCUCUGUAGCUCUGCCACGAGUCAAAGGUGAUGCGAACACGCACUUCCUUCUGGAAGCUGAUGUUCCUGACUCGCACCGUACCGUGGAGGGCCUGUUCAUUAACGCUGCAGUUCUCCAGGGUCACCAUGCUCUCAGCUAGCUUUGCACGAAAGGCUUGGAAAUCUGCGGAAGGCUGCGGGAAGCCCAGUUUGAGGCUUGUUCCUGGGCAGCAGGUGCUGACAGUGCAGCUGUAGCCAUCCUCCAUCAUGCUCCCCAAAUCCUUCAGUGACGGCAGGAGGUUAAUGUCAGACUGCUCCUCUUCAUCAGAAAACAUUCUGACGGAUGUCAAAGACAUUCCCCGUGAGUCAGCAAAAAUCACACGUUUGUUCUUGACUGGGAAUAAAAAAAGAUCAUCAUCAUCUUCAUCAAAGUCCUCCAAGAAGAAGGAUGGGAAAAGGUUGGUCAGAUAGGCUUGGCUUAAGAUGUCAGAGGAAAACUGAUCUGCCACUGUAGGGCGGAUGCAGGGGCGCUGAGGCUUCAGGAUGGGAACCCAAACAUGAGGACAAAGUUGUUUACGUUGGUUCAAGCAGAGUCUGACAGCAAUCUCUGCAAGUCCAGCUGACUGGGCCAUUGAGCCAAGGCUGACCCCUGGCAGGACACUGGAGAUAAAGGGAUUUCAUUAAAAACAGAAGUCUUAAUAGACAUUUAAAUAUCCUGUGCUAUUAGUAAUGAACUGCAUCGCAAGAUUAAGAUGAUAUGACCAUAAUUAUAUUCCCAACUCUGUUUUGGACAGUAAAGUGAUGCAAGAUAAUGCUAACCAGACACUUAGUUUGCUUACGUUGCUCUGGACAUCUCCAUACUGAUAGUGGGAUCUGGAAUAAUGGAAACGUUAUCCUCAAUGUUUGGUUGGAGUUCUAGAAAACAGAAAUGCCAGUAUAAAGAUUAAUGCAGCAUCAAUGUUGACCUCUAUUUGUGUGCAAUUCUUCAUUCAUAAGCUAAAAAGAAAUGUUCAAAUAUGUCUUAAAACGUACUUACAAACUCCCAUGAGCAGUGGGUUGCCUGCAGUGUUUAAUCCCUGUCUGCAGGAGAAACAUGCAGGGCCUUAUUUAUACCACCUCAGUUAGGAUGUCAUGUUGUAGACACCACCCUCUCUUCUGUCCUGACCAAUCAGAUAGCUAUCUGGAUUUCAGACCUGCCAAAAAACCCAUUCAAGAGUUACAGCAUCAUCCCUUAUUUAACUUGUGCUAGUGCAACUCUAUCUGUAAUAUCACUGACAACAGAAACAUGUCGCUGUAACCUAAUGUCUUUGUUUUGUCACAUCAUGACGGUGUUGAGCAGCAAACACAUUCAGGUUUCCUGAAUAUAACUCUCCUCUACACUGUGGAAAGUAUUCCAGUCAUCCCUGGUUUAUUCUCAGACCUGUCAGUAGACACCAAGGUCUCGAGCCAAAUUAUCUGCUGUCUGGCUGGCUGCUGUCCUGAAGGGAUCGCUGUAUGCGUGACGCUGAGGAGGGGCCGGGUUACAAAACGAAUCAGCAUGCCAGUCAGUGAGGAAGCUAAAGAAGUGCCAACAUUAGCCUACAUGAAACCCUUUUGUGCCACACAUUGGUGCUAGAUGUAUUGAGAUGUAUUUGGUCAGAAAACUUGCAGAUAUUUUGAUGACUGAGGGAUGUGUUACAGAGGAUUACACCGGUCACAUUCAGACUAUUUAAGGUUGCAAUAUACAGUAGUUUUUUAUGUCUAAUCCUAACCCUCGUUUAUCAUUAAAUCCCUGUGUUAAAUCCCCAUGAGCCUUUACAUUGGUUCCCUAUGAGUCUUCCUUUACAAUGAAAUUCUAUCACAUUCUCCCUUCAUAAUAAAAGACCUUGACACAUAAGGUGCAUCACUGCCUACUUGAAAACAUUCGCUAUGAUGCAAAUCAACAAAAUAAUUUACACAGGCAAGGAAUGCGUAGCCAAGUGUUACAAAAAAUAUUUUCUACGAACCUAGAUCAGUUAUUAAUUAAUACGGAAUAUGCUAAUUACAGACAUAACAUGUUAGCAAUGCAGUCCUGUCCUGUGGUGAAAAAUGGAAAUCAAUUUGAUGUGUCUGCAGCAAUGUUAAGAGGUAAAACA